AUGAGGGUUCGCAUUGAAUUGAGAAAAGUCAAUAAAAAUGGGUGCGACAAGCAAACGGCACGAGAGCGUCACAUGAACGACAUGGGAGCGACACGGACGCGGCACGGGAGCGACACGGGGCGGGCGGGAGUCGGCCCUUACGCACCUGUGCUGGGCAGCAGCGCGGCCACGCUGGCCGUCACGCUGGGCAUGCCCUUCACCAGCGGCAGGUCGCCACCUACAACCAGCGCCCACCACCGCUCACCACCGCUCACCGCCGCUCACCACCCACCGCACGCCAUUCGACCUCCGUGCCGUGUGCACAAUUCGAGAGGAUUUCGCGACACCCCGUACGUU